GUCUAGAUGUCCUGGGGCAGCCGCGAAGCGUGCCAGAGAGAGGGGAAAGAGGGAAAGGGAUCGCGUGAGCUCAUUGACGUCGCCCAACAAUUCUGGGCAUCGUUCUUCCAGUGCUCUCGCCCUCGCAUAGCUUCUUACACGCCCAAUACAUCGACAACCGACACUCGUACCGCCACAAUGGCAUACUCUAGGCUGUUUACACCUCGCAACCUUGCCUUCUUCUCCAUGUUCUCACUGGGCGGAGGCUACUUGACCAUGAAGUCCCGAGCGCUUGCCGUCAAGCAGCGCGAACGCGGCGACUAUAGCGUAACCGUGGAUCGCUCGGGUGGCGGUAUCUGAAAUUCAGCGAACGAAUUGGCGUUGUGGCGUCAGCACUGUGGCUUCGGCACGGCUCACAUGAACUUGCAUCGGCAGACUCUCUCUGCAUUGGGCGUCAUUAUGAAACGUGCAGUAAACAAAGAUGACUUCAGGCACACAGCCAACUCUUCUGCCCACUGUGCAAAAAUGUCCGAAUGAUGCGUUGGCUCACAGACGCUGACCGCACGCUUCAAACAAGCCCACUCUCCGAAAGCAAGCAGCACAUACCACCUGACGGAAUUCGGACAACGGGAGUAAUGGUGGUCGGCGGUGAUUUGGCCAGUAACGCGCACUUGUUCUCGGUGAAGGUCGUGCGAUGGAAAAAUAUGAGGAAACUCUGCAUCAAACAAUUUGUCCA